AUGCGUGGUGUAACGAGAUUUGGAGUGAAGGGUAAGCUAGCCCCGAGAUAUAUUGGGCCUUUUGAGGUUAUCGAGAGGAUUGGGGAUGUGUCUUAUCGAUUAAACUUACCAGGACGGUUGAGACAUGUUCAUAAUGUGUUCCAUGUGUCUAUGUUGAGGAAGUAUACUCCAGAUCCGUCACAUGUUAUUGAGUAUGAGGCUAUCCCUCUUCAGGAAGAUGUGACUUAUGAAGAGCAACCUGUCAAAAUCUUGGCGAGAGAGCUAAAAGUGUUAAGGAACAGAGAGAUUCCAGUAGUCAAGGUCUUAUGGAAAAAUCACAGAGAAGACGAGGCUACUUGGGAGAUAGAGUCCGAGAUGUAUAUGAACUCUGCCCCUUUCCGGCGACUUUCCGUUGACAUCGUGUACCGUUUUGACAAACGGUUGGCAUGGGUGUGA